CGGCCUUCUUUUUCUCUCCAUUCUAGCUAGAAUGGCGCCGAAGCAGUGGAUUCCGCUCGAAGCUAACCCCGAUGUCAUGAACCAGUUCAUCUGGGGUCUUGGCGUUCCAGAGAUCGAAGCGGAGUUCAAUGAUGUGUACGGUUUGGAUGACGAGAUGCUUAAGUUGGUUCCGAAGCCUGUGCUUGCUGUGCUUUUCUGUUAUCCUGACUCGCAGGAGAGGAGGGAUGCGAGAGAGAAAAUUUCAGGGAGUGCUGAAAUGGGAGAGGUAUUUCCUGAAAAUGUGUAUUUUCUCAAACAAACUGUUGGUAAUGCUUGUGGGACCAUGGGUGUCCUUCAUGCCAUUGGAAAUGUGAAGUCCCAACUAAAUCUGGUUGAAGGAUCAUUUUUCGACCGAUUCUACAAGUCAACUGCCAACAUGGAUCCGUUCGAGCGAGCCAAGUUCUUGGAGGAGAAUAGAGAAAUGGAAGAUGCUCAUUCUGUGGCGGCUAUUGCUGGUGAUACCGAGGCUGUUUCGAUUGUUGAGGAGCACUACAUCUGCUUUGCAUGUGUUGAUGGACAACUCUUUGAGUUUGAUGGAAUGAAUCCAUUAAGACAUGGUCCCUCAUCAUCCGAUACCUUUUUACAGGAUACUGCCAAAGUCAUACAAUCUGUGAUUCAGGAAUAUCCAGAUGCACUGAACUUCAAUGUCAUGGCCCUGUCAAAGAUAGCAUCCUAGGUGUAAUUUUAUCAACUUUUCACAAAAUAUUCCCAUCUACGUGCGGUUUCAACUUCUAGCGUUUUGAGUUUCAAAUGGGAAUCUGAAUAUAUUUGUAGUGCUGAGAGCUUCUAAUCUCCAAUCUUUAAUCUGGCGUCAUAAAUUCUAUGUUUUGUUCGUGUGCUAAUGUUAAAAUAUUUUUAUUAUUUUGAGUUGCCGACCUUUUGUCGGUAUUCUCAAAUCAAACAGAGUUCCUUGGAUGUUGGUGCUGUUGAAUCUAUGCUUAACCCCAUUCUGUUA